CAGCCGGUGGCGGUAAUGCACCUUACGUUGGCUUGCAACCCACCAAUAAAUGUUAUAAGAAGAAGAAGAACGUGUGGUUGCUGACCUGGCGGUAGUUAACCUCUGUCAGUACACUCAUGAAUAUAGCACGGCAAGUCCUGACCUGCUCCAGGUUCACGUGUCAUUCAGUCAGCAUAAACUGCAAAAGAAGGUUUUAUACUUCACAGCAUAAAAUGACCUCACGGCACACUAACUCCAGAAGAAUUGAGGGGCUGGACAAGAAUGUCUGGGUGGCAUUUACCUCAGUGGCAGCAGAUCCAUCCAUUGUUAACCUUGGCCAGGGAAUGCCAGACAUCUCUCCACCUUCUUAUGUCAAGGAGGCCCUAGCAAAGGCUGCAUCAGUGGACAGGAUUAACCAGUACACUAGAAGCUUUGGUCACCCCUCUCUGGUGAAGGCCCUCUCUCAGGUUUACGGGAAAAUCUAUGGACGUCAGAUUGACCCCUUCAAAGAGAUUCUGGUCACAGUAGGAGCUCAUGGUUCCUUAUUCUGCACCAUGCAAGGACUGGUGGAAGAGGGUGAUGAGGUCAUCAUAAUAGAGCCUUUUUAUGAUUGCUAUGUACCUAUUGUGCGAAUGGCAGGGGCCAAACCUGUGUUGGUACCACUACACCCUAAGUCUGGAAAGAAGGCAGGCAGCAGCGCUGACUGGGUUCUUGACCCAGAUGAGCUUUCCAGUAAAUUCAACUCGAAGACAAAAGCCAUCAUCAUCAACACCCCCCACAAUCCUAUUGGAAAGGUUUUCACUAGUGCUGAGCUGCAGAUGGUUGCUGACCUUUGUAUUAAACAUGACACUCUGUGCAUCAGUGAUGAGGUUUAUGAGUGGCUUGUCUACAGGGGACAACAGCAUAUCAAAAUUGCCACUCUGCCUGGAAUGUGGGAUAGAACGAUCACUAUUGGCAGUGCAGGGAAAAUGUUUAGUGUUACUGGAUGGAAGCUUGGUUGGUCUAUAGGACCUGGGCACUUGAUAAAGCAUCUUCAGACUGUCCUGACGAAUAUGCUGUACACAUGCCCAACACCUUUACAGGAGGCUGUGGCACAAGCUUUGCUCUGGAACCUUAAGCUGAUGGGUCAGCCUGACUGCUACUUCUCCUCACUGGCAGAGGAACUUGAGAACAAGAGGGACCGCCUGGCUGCCAUGCUGCAGGAGGCUGGUAUGACUCCUAUCAUCCCAGAGGGAGGCUACUUCAUGCUGGCGGACGUCACAUCUCUCAAUCAGGACCUGUCACAUAUGGUCGAUGAUGAACCCUAUGAUUACAAGUUUGUGAAGUGGCUGAUUAAAGAAAAGAAACUGGCAACUAUUCCUGUCACAGCAUUUGUUGGAGAUGAGUCUAAGGAGCAGUUUGAGAAAUAUAUUCGGUUUUGCUUCAUUAAGCAAGAUAGUACUCUAGAUGCAGCAGAGAACAUACUGAAAAACUUGCACAAGACUUAGUGGGAGGCAGUGUCUGAAGCACAGUUCCUAGAGGAAGAACUGGCCAAAAUGAAGGAACAGGAUUUGACCCGAGCCAACCUUUCUGGAUCCUCAGCCAGACUGUGCAUACUGUACAUGUAGCUUCUGGCAGCCACAAGAACAUGGACUUCUGGAUAAAUCAGCAUCAAUUAUUUGCUAAUAAUGCUCACAGAAACUUCCUGUACCAGCAUUUGCAUUUAUAGGUCUUAUAUAUUUUAUAUAUUAUUGUGGAUUUGACAUAUUAUUAUGGUUCUCACAUAUUCUGUAGUGUCACAUUUGCCUUCUCACCCUUGUGAGCAAUUGUGAAAAGUUCAAGUCAAAGUUUAUUCAUAAUAAAAACUACCACCCAAUAAUUAAACUACCCCGAGGUAUAUUAAUUAAAACUAAUUUCACCGUUGUUGGCUGCACCUUUAAUUU